CAGUACGUGGGCAACUCCCACUACUUCUGUUACAUAUCUCCCACUGCUACAUUCACACACCUGCCCACUGUCACUAUAUUCUCAUUUUUUUUCAGUCAAUCAUUUCAUCAAACACCUGGUGUUCGUCACACUAUCUUUGUAUAUUUUCCGGCGAUAUACGAUAACCUUUUACCACCGUAUUCCGCCUUGACAAUGGGCCUCAUAACACUUGAAUCAAACCAACUACAACAACUAAAUGAACGGGUAAACGGAUGAGGAUUUCGCUGUUCAGAUUACCCGAGAUGACGAGUCUUUUUUAUACCCACUACAACUAAUAAAUAUCAAUCUGUGUUUUUUAGUAGUAUAUUUAGCUUAAGGUUACAAGUACUUAAUUUUUUAUUUUUUUUUUAUUCUUUGUUUUGAAAAUGGAUGAAGCUAAAGAGGGCCAGAAUGAUAGCCAAAUGGUGGUAGUGAGGACAGAUGACAUGGCAAUAAGAGUAGUGAACAAGAGAUAUGAAGGAUUAAGUACGGUUCGGGCGAAAGCGAUUAAAGGAAAAGGAGCUUGGUAUUGGGCAUAUCUUGAGCCAGUUUUAGUUCGAAACCCUGACACGAAUGACCCGAAAGCCGUUAAGCUAAAAUGUAAUCUUUGUGAAGCUGCUUUCUCAGCAUCAAAUCCAUCAAGAACUGCCUCUGAGCAUCUUAAAAGAGGAACUUGUCCUAAAUUUAACUCUCUUUUAAAACCCUCGUCCUCUUCUUCUACCUCAUUGCCACCGUUGUCUUCGCCGUCUUCUCUCGUUCAUCAUCGUAAACGUUUCGCGUCUGUCGGCACUACUUCAAACGAAGGCCUAAAUAGUUACAACCAACAGCUGUCUCAUCAUCGGCAUAGUCAGCAUUUGUGUUUAUCUGGUGGGAAAGAUGAUUUAGGCCCAUUAGCAAUGUUGGAAGAUAGUGUAAAAAAGUUAAAAAGUCCAAAGCCUUUACCACCCGGUCCUCAUUUAACAAAAACCCAAAUUGAUUCAGCUCUUAGUUUAUUAACUGAUUGGUUUUACGAGUCUUAUGGUUCGGUUUCUUUUCCAAGUUUGGACCAUCCAAAGUUUAAAGCUUUUAUGAAUCAAGUCGGUUUGCCUGACAUUUCUAAACAAGAUUUCAUGUCAUCAAGGCUUGACUCGAAGUACCAAGAAGCUAAACUAGAAUCAGAAGUUAAGCUGAGGGAUGCAGAGUUUUAUCAGCUCGUUUCUGAUGGAUGGAAGAACAAAAUUUUUGGUAAUGGAGAUGAGGGCUUGAUUAAGUUCAUGGUUAAUCUUCCCAAUGGAACCACAUUGUUCCAAAAAGCCUUUUUUCCAGGUGGCAGUGGUUGCUCAAUGGCGGUUCCUGCCACGUAUGCAGAGGAGAUCAUGUGGGAAACCGUUACAGGUACAUGUGAUGUUGUUCAAAAAUGUGUUGGGAUAGUGGCAGAUAAGUAUAAAGCAAAGACCUUGAGGAAUUUGGAAACUAGAAAUCAUUGGAUGGUUAACUUAUCUUGUCAACUUAAGGGUGUUAGUAAUUUGAUUAAGGAUUUUAGUAAAGAGCUGCCUCUUUUCAAGAAUGUAGUUGAUAAUUGCUUAAAGAUAACCAGUUUAUUUAACAAUAAUUCUCAAGCUAGGAGUAUUUUAAACAAGUUUCGGUUACAAGAGUCAAGAUUGUCAGUUUCCUCGUUUGGAGUUCCUCCCCUUUUGUAUUGUGAAGACUUACAAAACUUUUCGCAUAUUAUUUCAAUGUUGGACAAUACCUUGAGUCAUGCUCGGGUGUUGCAUUUAGUUGUUAUGGACGAUUCGUUCAAAGUUGUGUUGAUGGAAGAUUCUCUUGCUAGAGAAGUUGCGGAAGUGAUUCAUAAUAUGGCGUUUUGGAAUGAUGUUGAAGCUAUUAAUACUUUGAUCAAGUUGAUCAGAAGCAUGACUGAAGAGAUUGAAGCAGAAAGGCCAUUAGUGGGGCAGUGUCUGCCUCUUUGGGAGGAUUUACGGGCUAAAAUGAAGGCCUGGUGUGUCAAAUUCAGCAUCCAUGAGGCGGUUGUUGAGAAAAUUGUUGACAAACGAUUCAGGAAAAACUAUCAUCCUGCAUGGUCAGCUGCGUUUAUACUUGAUCCAGUGUAUUUAAUAAGGGACACAAGCGGAAAAUACCUCCCGCCUUUUAAAUGCUUAACUUGUGAACAAGAAAAAGAUGUUGAUAGUUUAAUUACACGUCUAGUUUCACGGGAAGAAGCUCACAUUGCAUCAAUGGAGCUCAUGAAAUGGAGGUCAGAGGGACUCGACCCUUUGUAUGCACAGGCGGUUCAAGUCAAAAAACGUGACCCAUUUACAGGAAAGAUGAAGAUAGCAAACCCUCAAAGUAGUAGACUCAUUUGGGAGACCAUCUUGAAAGAGUUCACCAUUUUGGGAAAGAUUGCAGUGAGGCUUUUGUUUCUUCAUGCAACCUCUAGUGGGUUCAAGUGCAGUUGGUCUUUCAUGAGAUGGGUAUGGAAUCAAGGUGAAGUUCAAUCAAGGGAUGGUCUCGAAAGGGUGCAAAAGAUGAUAUUUGUUGCAGCUCACUCGAAGCUUAAAAAACGUGAAUUUGGUAACGAGGGGGACAAUGAGGCAGAACUAUUUGCCCCUAAAGACGAUGACAUGCUUAAUGAGGUCUUUGUCGAUACAUCCUCAUUGUAAUAGCUUAUUCUUUUUUCUAACUCCUACUAUAUUCACAGUUUGUAGCAUUAUUUGUAUUCUUUUUGUACCCUUUUCCUCUAUUGAUAAGUUAGUCCAGGAUUUGGCAGGAUUAUUGCAUACCAUUUAUUUAUAGCUAUAUAUCAAAUCAAUGUUUAAAGCUCUAAUUGUUUUAAGGCUAGAAGUACAAAGUUUUCAA